AUGGCGGGCCGGGCGCUGCUCCUCGUGACGCCGCGGCGCCCUCUCCGCGCGGAAGCGGCGGGCGGCGAGCCCGCCCCGCGCGGGGGCCGGCGGGAAGUGAGGUUCGCGGAGCCGCCCCCGCCGCGGGAAGGCGGCAGCUUCGGUCCGGCGCAGCGGGAGGAGGAGGAGGAGGAAGAAGAAGAAGAAGAAGAAGAAGAGGAAGCGGCGGGCAACGGGGGACGGUGGUGGAGGAGGCGGCGGCGCGGAGCGGCUUCGGGCAGGAUGGUGGGGGGCAGCGACGGGCAGGCUCCGCCGGCCGCCACCGAGCUGAAGCGCCGGCGGAAGAGCCCCCGGUUGGCGGCGGCGCGGGCAGAGGAGGCCGGGGCGGAGGAGGCGGAGGAGGCCGCGGCCGAGCCCGGCCCCGGAGGGGCGCUGGAGGGAGACGAGCAUCGCUUUGGGGAUGCAGACUCCUUGACUCGCCCCCCUAUAAAAGCGUGCAGGUCCGCAGGCAGCUCUUCAACUUACUUUCUUCAAGAUAACCUAAUAAAAGAACAAACAAAGGCUUAUGACAGUGAUGAACCAGAGAAACCAGCAGGGCAUCAACCAAACAUUUAUACACUGUUAAAAGAAACAAAGGCUGACUUCCUUGAGAAAAAUCAAGAGCACUGCUCAACUACAUCACAGAGCAGAAGUAAAUUUCGAGAUCAGUCCAGUACAGGGAAGCAGUCACAGCCUUUGGCCAAAAAUAAUGGUGAAUCGCAGAGUGGAUUUUGCAAGAGCUGGACUUUGUUACUGGUUCUGUUAAUUAUUGUCCCAUUGCUUUAUGUCCUGUGGAUUGGAAUGCCAAGUCUUCUAGAUGCAACUUUGUCAAGUAGAGAUACUCAAAUUCUGCAAACGUUUCGGGCCCGGAUGAAGAAACUAAAAAAUACUUACCAAAGUCAGGACCCCAAUCUGUGGAAAAGAACCCACGUGUUCCUUGAGAAACAUCUUAAUGCUUCCCAUCUGCAUUUGGAACCAGCCAUCCUACUGUUCACAGCUGGCCAAGAAGCUGAGAAAGCGCUGAGGUGCCUAAGUAAUGAGAUUGCCGAUGCUUUUGCCUUCUCCCAGAACGCUACUACAAUCAAAAUUAAUGGCGCAGACAAAGCCAUAUUGGAUAGUGACAUUGUCAAGCUGGAGGUAGAUAAUGAGCUCAGCUCUGGGUUCAGAGAAGGCAAGAAGGUAGCAGUGGUGCAUCGAUUUGAGUUACUGCCUGCAGGCUCCACCUUAAUCUUUUACAAAUACUGUGACCAUGAAAACGCAGCAUUUAAGGAUGUGGCUCUUCUACUGACUGUUCUUCUGGAUGAGCAGUCACUGAGAAAGAGCCUCACCUUGCAAGAAGUUGAGGAGAAAGUCCGGGAUUUCCUCUGGGCAAAGUUUACAAGUUCAGAUGUUCCCAGUUCUUAUAAUAACAUGGACACAGAUAAGCUGAGUGGACUGUGGAGCCGUAUAUCUCAUCUUGUGUUGCCUGUUUGGCCUGAAAAGGGCCUCCCUGUGGAGGGAUGCACAUAAAAGUUAAUUCAGAGGACUUGGGAAAGGAGGAAGACAGAAAAUGUAUGUUGCAAUGGCUGAACAGGGAAGAACUUACUGCAGCUGCUGAGCUAAAGCAGCGUACAGCCCUUUCUGUGCAGAGAAAUUCCACCAACUGGCAGAGUUGUGUCAGCUAAAGUAACUGCGACUUUUCUAGAUCAACUGCAGAAUGUAAGCAAGGAACUUGCUGGUUAUUGGUAAGUUGUGUUCAGUGACUUACUCAGGCUUGGUGUCCUGGAGCUGGAAGUAAGUGUCCACUAGUGCAGAACCACUCAUCUACUUCUGAAGCUGUCUUGGUGCACUAUUGGCUUUGCUAUGAGGAUCCUUUUCUGGUGGUGCAUAAAGUUGGUAACGCAUUUGACAAGUUAAUAAGGUGCAAAAACACCACCUUCAUCUGCCAGAAUUGCUUACUUCUAACAUAAGAAAAAACAUAAACUGAAAAUUAUGAUAAAGUGAUGAGAGUCUAAGCACAAACUUUUUUUUUUUUUUGAUCCAUCUGAUCACAACAUAGAUGUCAACUGUCUCUGGCAACUUCUAGAAACGGUGAAAUUGCUUGAAAGAUUUGUGACUUGUAAGAGAACCUUUCAGCAAGCAUUUCUCCCUUAAAUAAGCCUGCCCCAGACAGUUCUGGAGAGUGAGAAAAGCUGAGGUACAGAGGUUUCCUUAACAUUAAUAGCACUGACGUCGGUUAAAUAAUCCCUCAGCACCUCUUUGCAUCGAUGCUUCUAGGAAUUCUCUGCUCUUUGUCAAAGUUCUGCAAGUCCCGAAAUUUUGAGGGCAAUGAUAAAAUGUCAGCCAUGUGUGUACUAUCUCCUUUGCAAACAAAAUUUUAGGAAGACAUAGGUUAUUUCUCAUUUUAAUAACAUAAUUAUUUUUGCAUCAAGAGAAUUUAUUUAUUUGGGGUACUUGGUAUCCUAGAAAAAUAACCUUUCUUCAUGUGUCUGUGUAUAACCUCCUGCUUGCUAUAUAAGCUUCUAGUGAAGAACAGAUUUGCAAUGCAUGUUUUUCAAGUACAUUUUUUUAGUGUUCCUCAUGCCAAGAAUCCCUCAUACCAGACUAAAAACAUGUACUUGUUUCUAUUGUAAGUAUUUUGUGCAAAAAAUAAAGAGAAUUGCAGCACUUCCAUUUCAUUGCUGUUAGUGUGUGCUCUUAAACUACUGGUCUGUGUGCGUUUGCUUUUAUUGAGUAUGAAGGAACAUGUGAAGACUGCUCUCAAAUUAAUAGGAUGUUUUCUUGUAGCAGCUGAGACAUUAGUGGCUCUUGGACUCCUCCUUUAUUCACAAACCCCUUGAGCUGCCCUGUUGCAAGAAAUACUCCUUAACCAGGAAAACCUCUUGAGGUGCUGGAGCUUCUGGCUUCCUCGUGGAAGCAAAGUUUGGGGUGUUAAGUAGAAUGGACCAAAAUCACCUCAAGCAUAUAAAAGAACACUGUUUGAGAGACAGAGCUGUGGUCACUUAAAGCAGAGGUGGAUUUAUUCUAACCACUGCGAGCCAGCAGUGGAUAGUGCUUUUUAUUUUAAUGGGAAGAAAUAUGAACAGUAAAAAGACAUGGAAGUGCUGCUGUUCUGGAUGAUUAAGAAUAGCUCAGGAAGGAAAAGAUGGCAUUUACAUUUUGGACAUUUCACUGGACAAAUGUGGGGUUUUUUUUUGUUGUUGUUGUUGUUUUUUUUUAAACAAAAAAAAACAAACCACAACUGUGACUUAUUUCUGAGUGUUUCCUGAUAGCAUACUUGUUUGUAUAUUAUGUAAACUAUUUUAGUAAUCAUUAAAAAUAUACAUGUUUGUUUUGUAAGCUGUUUUAAGAUUUGCCCAUUGAAUUUUAAAUGGUCAGACUUUUUUUUUUACCUGUUUAAGACUGUUCCUUUUACCUUUGACCAAAUACAGACACCUGAAAUACAACCUUUUGCAAAAUUUAGAACUCUUAAACUUGAGCAGAGUGGUAGAUACUGGGAUGCAGAUGCAUGUAUUUGAUAAUAUUAGGGCCUUUCUCCCGACAAGGAACACUUGAGGAAAUUGUAAUAGCUCUGAAUUGUCUUUUACUUGGUGUUCUUGUACUAAUUCCUCAGUUCUGAUUUCAGCCGGAACUAACGAUAAGAUAUGGUUCACUUGUUUCAUUAGUCCGAUUCAAGAGUCAGCAGCUGACAAAAGGGAUGACUUCAUUCUUGUUCCACUUCUAGCUUGUUCCUGUACCUUUGCUGUUGCAAACUAGUGCACUGUAAACUGACUGGAGGGACAGUCUUACUAAAAACUAGCUUAGAAUAAAGGUAUAUAAUUAGCAGAAUUGGCAACCACAAAAAAGAAGACUAAGUUGUGACACGAAGGCAGGAGAUUCCAUGCUCUUAUACAAAUAAAACAUAUGUAAUCCAGGUUA